AUGUCGUUGUCAGAGAAGAGUGUCAUCUCAAUGCCCCCUGCAGCCGUGUGUGCGAUGGGCUCGUCAAGGUCCAGUGAUGCCACACUGGCAGAUGCCGUCAUCAAGGCUAUUCCUGAGAAAGUGGAAGAAAAUCCUCAGGUCGAGGGAUCCUUCGACGUCGAAGCUCAGGUCAACAAACAGAGGAGGUUUCCCUUCAUCCGCUUCACCCUUCUCGAUGUCUAUCGUCGUCUUUUCACCUUGGUCUUCCUGGCCAACGUCGCGGUCUUCAUUGCCAUAUUAGUAUCAGACCGCAAGCUCAUUGCUUUGGUGAACGCUACUGCUGCCAACCUACUCGCUUGUGGUCUGGCUCGUCAGCCUCUGGUGGUGAAUGCCAUCUUCUUCACUGUGUGCUCGAUACCCAGGACUGCCCCGCUGGCGAUUCGUCGGAUUGCGUCGAAGGUAUACCAUUAUGGCGGCGUCCAUAGCGGAUGCGGCAUCGCAUCGUUCGUCUGGUAUGCAGGCUUUGUGGGUUUGAUGUCCAAAGAAUACUGGGCUCCGGCGACGGGUGUAUCUACAAUCUCGGCCGCUCCGGUGGCUGUGGCAUAUGUCAUCUUGGUCUUGCUGUUGGCGAUCAUCGCAGUGGCAUACCCCGGCUUCCGGUUCAAGAAGCACGACUAUUUCGAACUCACACAUCGGUUCUCCGGCUGGCUCGUCGUCGCGCUGUUCGUGGUCCUGCUUCUUCUAUUUGUGAAUGAGCUCAGCGAAGCUGCAGGUGUACCUUUCGGUAUCUUCUUGGUCAAACUGCCUGCCUUUUGGUUCCUCGUGGUCACCGUCGUGGCCAUCAUCCACCCAUGGGUCUUCCUGAGAAAGGUUCCGGUGCAGCCAGAGUAUCUCUCCCCCCAUGCCGUCAGGCUGCACUUCAAGCACACCACCACUACCUUUGGGAAGGGCAUCCAACUAGCCAAGCACCCUCUCAAGGACUGGCACGGCUUCGCUACCUUCCCAGACCCCGACGGGAAAAGCUUCUCAACCCUCGUAUCCAAGGCCGGAGAUUGGACUGCGGGAUGCAUCAAGGAACAGCCCACCCACCUUUGGAAGCGAGGUGUGCUCAUCUAUGGCUUUGCGUACGCCAUGCGAGUCUACCAGAGAGUCAUCGUCGUCACCACGGGCUCCGGCAUCGGGCCAUGUCUCUCCUUCCUGGGCGACGAAAACCGCCCAUAUCUUCGCGUCGUAUGGCAAACCCGAGCUCCGCAGCGAACCUAUGGCAAGGAGGUUAUGAACUUGGUAUCCAAACUGGAUCCCAACCCCGUCAUCAUCGAGACAAAUCAGUCAGGCCGUGUUGACAUGGUGCCUAUCAUCCGACAGCUCUAUAAGGAGUUCGAUGCUGAGGCCAUCUGCGUUAUUAGCAACCCAUUUGUGACGAAGAAAGUCGUUUAUGAAUUAGAGUCGAGUGGCUUACCUGCGUUUGGUCCCAUCUUCGAUUCAUGA